AGGGGAGGAGGCGGGCCACACGCGGGUGCGCGCGCAACGUGUGGCGACGGAGUUGAAACCGAGGCUAGCGGAGGCUGCAGUGGCGACCCGGCCUGGGGUGCAUCUACGAAGAACAGAGCGGUGGCACGCGCGCGCAGGCGCGCGUGUGACCAUGGGGCGUUUUCACUUCACCCGGGACCCCAUCCCCGAGUCCGUAGGGAACGAUAUGCUGCACUUGAACCAGCUCAGCUCGGAGCAGUUUGCAGCACUGACCGAAGUGAUUUUCUAUUUCUUGGUUCAACCCAAGGAGGUUGAAACAUUCCUGGCUAAAUUGUCUGAUUUUGCUGUCACCAAUCAGAUCAGUCUUGGGCCCUUAAAGAAUAUUGUGAAAAGCCUUCUCCUAGUGCCCAAUGGUGCCUUGAAGAAGAAUAUGACUGCUGAGCAGGUCAGAGCAGAUUUCAUUACUCUGGGCCUCGGUGAAGAGAAAGCCACUUAUUUUUCUGAGAAGUGGAAGCAGAAAUCUCCCAUACUUGCACGAUGGGCAAUAGGACAGACAUUGAUGAUCAACCAGCUUAUAGAUAUGGAAUGGAAAUUUGGAGUGACAUCAGGGAGCAGUGAACUGCAGAAAGUUGGGAGUAUUUUUUUACAAUUGAAGCUGGUGGUUAAAAAAGGAAACCAGACUGAAAACGUGUAUAUAGAGUUAACCCUGCCUCAAUUCUAUAACUUCCUGAGUGAGAUGGAACGUGUCCGAGCCAGCAUGGAGUGUUUCUGCUGAAGGUGAAGGAAGAAGGCGUGGAGGAAUAGCUUGUUUAUCCUAGUGGCCUGCUCUGUAAUAGUGAGAGGGCCAGGGGAUUCCCAGAAAGAGCCACAGUUCUGUAUUAGGGAGCCCAGUGCAAUUACCACAUAAACUCAUGAUUCAUGAAAUAACCAUUCCUCACACAGGCCAUGUCUCAAAUAUUUAAACCACAGGAGUCCCACUUUGGAGAGGGAGAGAAAUCAAAAGCUAAUUUUUGACACUCUUCCUUUCUCACUUUCCAGAACUUCCAUUUCUCAAACCUCUAAGAUUAGCAGUCAAAUUACAGAACACAAUUAACCUGAAAUUAUGCAAGGGGACACCUCACUGUCAGCAUCCUGAGAGCCAGAAUCUGGGGAAGGAAAUAUUUUAUAUGUAUGCAUUGAUUAUGUAUAGUAGGAAAUCUGUCAUAUACGACCCUAUUUUAAUGAUAUAUCUGUAUAUAAACCCAAGAUAGCUCCUCUUUCAAAGACUUCUGUUCUUUGAAGGCCUUCACUCAGUCUGUCCUGUAUUUGCCUUCAAGAAGGUCAUCAUCUUCUGAGCACACUUAGGAGCCUUUUACCUUGGCUGAGUAGCCACUGAACAGUUCUGCCUUAUCUAAGUUUCCAAAAAAGGGUUUGAAGAAGAGGCCUUGAUCUUCUUGUCCAUGUGCACUGCAUUAAAGAUCCCUUUCUUUUUUGAGGAUUUAUGGUAUUAAUUUUAGGAGACAAGAUGAUCAAAAUUUGGGUUGGACCUAAACACAGAGACCAGGAAAGAGAGAAAAAUACAUCUAAAGCCUGGAGGAGCAAGGCAAUAGUGCCUUUAGGUUAAAGCCUUGUGGAAAAGGGGCUCAGAGAUUUAAAGCCUCCUUCAAGACCUUGGAGGCCAUCUGGUCUGGCAUCCUCUUUUUUUUUUUUUUUUACAGUUGAAGAAACUGAGGCCCAGAGAGGGUAAAUGACUUGCCCUGCUCACACAGGUAGCCACUCUAGGAUUUGAAUUUAGGUCCUUCUACUCCAAAUUCUGUACCUCUGUACCUAUUGCCUUUUCCAUGGGAAGAUGUAUAUGCUUUGCUGUUUACAAGGGUCUUUAAUUUCCAACUUAGCAUAUCACAUUUCACAAAUUAUUGAUUAGAACAUUAAGAACUUGAAGGGACCUUGAACCAUAGCAUGUCCAGGUGAGGAGGGACCUUGGAAAUCAUUUCAUCUUAUCUGUUUUUAACCUGGAAUUCAUGAACUUAAAUUUUUUUUAGAACUAUUUCAGUAUACUUGAUUUCCCUUAUAAUUCUGUGCAUUUUACAGUACACAUUUUAUAACAUUAUACUGUGAAGGAAUCCAUAACUCAAAAAAUGUUGAGGAUCCCUUAUCUAAUCUGAUUCACAGCAGUUCAGGUCAAUCUCCUUUUUCUAUCCUCUGUUUUCUAAGGAAUUGUAUACGUUGGUUGAUGCUUAUCAAAUUCAUAAUAAAAAAAAAAAAGAAAUUGUCUAAUUCAACCAUCCUCUUCCAUUUUACAGAUAAGGAAACAGGUCCAUGGAGGCAAUUGCCUUUUUUUUCCCCCAGAUUUUUUUUUCUAAUUGAAAAUUUAUAUUUAAUAAAUUAAUUUAGAAUAUU